AUGGCCCGCAUCGUAGAGAGCAAUUUUCCUUCCCAUCACUUGCCCAGUGACGUCGCCGACUUAAGAAUAGAGAUGAUGUCUGCCUUGUGCCCCGAGGCAAUGAGUGAUGCGGAUCGUCUGGUGGAAAAUCUGCGCCAUGUGCCGGUCCGCCUGCCCAGGGAGUUGGAGGUUCGCCAGCUGUGCCGCUCGUUGAGUGACUUGCUUGUCGGCGAGGCAAAUCUACUGAGCCUGCAGAGUCCGCAGAUCGUAUGCGGCGACAUUCACGGUCAGUUCGAGGAUCUGCUCCACCUGCUGGAAUUGGGCGGUUCGGUGCAGGAUCAUCGAUACUUGUUCCUGGGUGACCUGGUGGAUCGGGGCAAGAACAGCGUGGAAACCUUUCUUCUGCUAGCUGCUCUCAAGGUGCGUCAUCCGGCACAGGUUAGCCUGCUACGGGGCAAUCACGAGUGCCGCAGUGCCACUCGAUCCUAUGGAUUCUACGAGGAGUGCCUUUCACGGUACGGCUCUGCGAAUGUCUGGAGGAUGUGCUGCCGUGUCUUCGAUCUCUUGCCGCUGGCGGCGAUCAUUGAUGGCAACACAUUUUGCGUUCAUGGCGGCCUGUCGCCGGAUAUGCAACGAUUGGAUGACUUACGUAGCCUGGAUCGCUGCCUCGAGAUACCCGAAAGGGGAGUUAUAGCUGAUCUCCUCUGGAGCGAUCCCCAGGAAUCGCCUGGAUGGGCGGCGUCGCCACGUGGACAUGGAAAACUCUUCGGUGGCGAUGUCGUUGAGGAGUUUACGCGCGCAAAUGGGAUCUCUCUCAUAUGCCGGGCUCAUCAGUUGGCCAAGGAUGGCUUCCGUUGGCAUUUUGGCCAACUGCUUGUUACCAUCUGGUCAGCCCCCAACUAUUGCUAUCGCUGCGGCAACAAAGCGGCAAUUCUGCGCUUAAAUUCUGUUGGCGAUUACGAUUUUGAAGUGUUCGAAGCGCAGGCGCUGCACUCCAAACCGCAGCCAAGGAAACUGAAAAAGCGUUGUCGUCAAUUUUUUCUAUGAUUUAAUCGCUACCUGAAUCUUAUCCCAAGUAUUACCGAUCACUCCCAAAGCGACCUUUGCCAUUCCAAAAUACUCAUCAUACCCUUAAUUUCGUAAUCAAUAAAAUACAUGUACCUAGUA